AUCCUUAGUUUUAAUAAACAAUGAGCCUUAGUCGAGACGCGAUUCUGAGCCUUUAUCGGAAUUUAAUCCGGGAAAGCAAAAAAUGGAGCUCGUACAAUUACAGAAUGUAUGCUCUGCGAAAAGUACGGCACGAGUUCAAAGAGAACAAAGCGUUAGAAGAUGAGGAAAAGGUUAGACAAUGUUACGGAAAAGGACAGGAGGCACUGUCGAUGAUCAAGAAGCAGGCCAUACUGGGCAAUCUCUACAGCACUAGGCCCUUAGUGAUUGAAACCAAAAGCAAACUGCACUCUACAAUAAAAUAGAGAAUACAAUUGCAGUUAUUUUUUAUUUAAUAUUGCAUCUGUACCAUUUAAUUUUAAUAUCAUGAGGCAGACUCGACAAGUUAGGGAGAGUAUAAUUACUGAAUCUACCAAAAACAAUUUGAAACUUUAAUUAUUUGAUCAAUUCUUCUUAUAUUGAUACAAAUUCAGCAAUUCCUGUAGCAAAAGAUAUUUCAUUUAUAUGUACAUUUUGAAGUAUUUUUGUACUUAUACAUGCGUUGGUAUAUUAGAUAAUGUAAAUGCUUUUCAAAUUGUUAAAUAAAAUUUUGUUAAUAUCGUAA